AUUAGAUAAAAUUUUCAAAGGAAGAUCAUAGGUGGUUUCUUCUCAGAACCUUCAUCCCUACCCUCUUAUUCUCUGCAGAAAAUGCUAUAUAAGUUUAACAUUUUAUUCAAUAAGAAGUACCCAAAUUUCAGUUUUCUAUCCUGGUGCAUUACCAAGCAUAACACAAACAUUUUUUCGCAAUUAAGACUAGUCCUUUCCCUCCUACAAAUUCUGCCUUCUCAAUCUUAACUUGCAGAGCUUAGAACAAAAUAUGGUAUCACUUUUGAGCAAGCAAAAGAACCUGUUGUCCAAAAUUGCAACCAACGGUGGGCAUGGUGAAGACUCUCCAUACUUUGAUGGAUGGAAAGCGUACGACAGUGAUCCAUAUCAUCCUACUCGCAAUCCUCUUGGAGUUAUUCAGAUGGGUCUUGCAGAAAACCAGCUUUCCUUUGAUUGGAUUCAAAGGUGGAUCGUGAAUAAUCCCAAAGCCUCAAUCUGUACGGUUGAAGGAGCCAACGACUUCAAGGACAUUGCUAUAUAUCAGGAUUAUCAUGGCUUGCCAGAAUUCCGAAAUGCAAUUGCGAAGUUUAUGGGAAAAGUAAGAGGAGACACAGUGACAUUCGACCCUGACCGCAUUGUUAUGAGUGGUGGAGCAACCGGAGCUCAUGAAACCAUGGCCUUCUGUUUGGCUGAUCCUGGUGAUGCUUUUUUGGUACCCACACCAUAUUAUCCAGGAUUUGAUCGAGAUUUGAGAUGGCGAACAGGGCUGCAACUUGUUCCGGUUGAAUGCAAGAGCUCUAACAACUUCAAGGUCACAAAAAGAGCCUUGGAAGUGGCAUAUCAGAAAGCCAAACAGGACAACAUCAGAGUAAAGGGCUUGCUCAUAACCAACCCUUCAAACCCAUUGGGGACUAUCUUAGACAGAGAGACAUUGAGAGAUAUAGUGAGCUUCAUCAAUGAGAAAAACAUCCACCUAGUCGCUGAUGAGAUAUAUGCUGCCACAGUCUUCCGCCAGCCUGGCUUCAUUAGCGUUGCUGAGAUAAUAGAGGAAGACUUGAAAUGCAAUCGCGAUCUUAUUCACAUUGUCUAUAGUCUGUCGAAAGAUUUGGGCUUCCCCGGCUUCAGGGUUGGUGUUGUGUACUCAUACAACGAUGCAGUUGUUAAUUGUGCUCGGAAGAUGUCAAGUUUUGGACUUGUUUCCACACAAACCCAACACCUGAUUGCAUCAAUGCUCCAGGAUGACGAUUUUGUUGAGGAAUUCAUCGCUGAGAGUGCAGAGAGGCUACGCAAAAGGCAUGAGGCCUUCACAGAGGGGCUAGCUGAAGUAGGCAUUGGUAGUUUGAAUAGCAAUGCCGGGCUCUUCUUUUGGAUGGACCUGAGAAGACUCCUCCAAGAGCCAACUGUUGAAGCAGAGAUGAAACUUUGGCGCUUGAUAAUCAAUGAAGUUAAGCUCAAUGUUUCGCCUGGCUCUUCUUUCCAUUGCUCAGAGCCCGGUUGGUUCAGAGUUUGUUUCGCAAACAUGGAUGAUGAAACCGUGAAAGCAUCACUAAGAAGGAUAAGGAAGUUUGUGCUUGAAAGCAAGCAAGUGGAGGAAGCACCUAAGAUGCUAAGCAAACUUAAAGUCAACUUCUCAUUCCGAAGGUUGGAUGAUAAAUUAAUGGCACAGCACAUGAUGUCCCCUCAUUCUCCUAUGUUCAUGGCGCCGCAUAUGAUGUCCCCUCACUCCCCCAUGGCUUCACCCCUUGUUCGCGCCAGGAAUUAGAUCCUUAGAGAGUGCAAAUCAAAUUUUACAUUAUUGGAUACUUGUAAAACAUGAUUUUUUUAGGUAACUACUUAGAAAUGCCUUUAGGAGGAUACACCAUUAAUUCAUUUUUUCCUAUAUAAAUAGCCGUCAUCAUGUCCCAUUUGUUGGAUACAAAUUGCUUCCACUGGGAUUUAUAUAGGUUCAAGCAAGUCACUUGUUUUUUUCUUGGUCAAAUGUAUUUUUUUUUUUUUUUUUUCUUUUCGGACUGGCCUUAUUUGGCAAUCAUUUGUCGGCAAUAAAGUUUCAUUUUUAUUUUUGUCUA